AUUGCCGCUCGUAUACCAUACUGUAAUAUCUUUUUAAUGAAAUACCUUAUAUUUUCAUAAGAUUUCUACUUUUUGUGAAAGUAAUGUUUGUACGAGAAUAACAAUUAUAUAUUCUAUAUUAAUAAAAAUCGUUUUAGCAGAGAAAAAUCGUGUUUAUGGUUCAGCUGUCAGUAGAAGGCGGCCAUUUUACGUCAGCUGAGAAGGUCGGUGACGACACACGACGAGUGAAAUAUCUUCGCAUAGCGUUGCAACUUCAGGGAAUGUGUCGCAAAGAACCUCACCUUCAAAGCUAUUUCCAAGUGCCAUACCGUAUGCUUGUCAUGGCGGCGAGGAGGACGAGCAAUAAAAAUGGCCGGAAGAUACAAGGGGCAGUGGGGAGGGAUAGUAAGGCCGAAUAGAAGGCAGCGGUCCACGCGUUCUCAGCAGCCUAUCCUAGAUUUAUUUCCGUGGAUGUUGCGCAAUAAUAUGUUGCGUUGUUAGCUCACUGAAUGCUACCCCUCGUUUAGUUUCGAAGAAGUGCCAAGGGCUAUUUUGACACAAUAUUCACAACAAUGCUCUUCAUUUUGUAUGUGUGAUACUUGGUACAGUUUAAAACGCGCUUCUUGCGUAGGCCGCCAUCUUUACAAUAUAGAUGCAGGUGCACCAAACAACGUACAAGCUUUGGACUUAUCGGAUAAUGUGGUAUCAUUUCUAAAUAGUUUUGAACUAAAGAAUGCUGAACUGACGAAGUUACGAUAUCUUAAUCUUUCCAAGAAUGCAAUCAGUGAAAUUAGUUUGAAUGCUUUUGAUGGUCUUACAGAUUUAACAGUCUUGGACUUAUCGAAAAAUCGACUUCAUUAUAUUUUAGAUGAAGUUUUUGAAAAAAAUGAGAAUUUACGAAUUUUGAAAUUGUCAAAUAAUAAUUUCAACUCACAUAUACCAAAAUUGCGAUCCUUUUCGUUAAUGGAAUUAACUUUGGAUUCAUGUCGGAUCAGUCAUUUACCACUGGAUACAUUCAAUGGACUCACGCACAUUCGUCGUCUCGAUCUUUCAAAUAAUUUGAUGAUUCAGAUGAGCAACACCGUUGUGCAAACAUUGCAUUUUUUGAAGAAAUUAUCAUUAGAAGGAAAUCCAUGGUCUUGCAACAAUGUUUUACAUGAUUUACAAAUAUAUCUCAAAUAUAAGAAUAUUGAAUUCAAUGAAAUUUGUGGUAAGAAAAAUAAUUCUCAGAAAUUUGAGAAAAUGAUUCUUCUUCCUGUAACAAUAUCGCGCAAUUAUCAUCAUUCGGCAAUUGUGAAUACAUCUACUAAGAAAAUUAAACCGAUAACAAAAUAUAAUAUAUCAAAUAUAUUAAACAAUAAAAAUUUAUCAAUAUGCGAACAAAUGAUAAAUCAAACACAUAUUAUUAAUUCAACGGAUAAAUUUGUAUCAUAUUGGUUUCUCUGCCUUGGUUUUAUAGCUGGUAUUUCCAGUGGAUUGAUUAUUUCUUAUAUUUGGUUAUCAAAAAAAUAUUUGUAUAAUCCAAGAUACUGGUAUCAUAGACAACUUCAUGACGACUUAAUAGUUUCUCAAAGAGUGUCUUUGUUAAAUUCAUUUUUACAAGGACGCACGGAUAGUAAUGGAAGCUUGAUAGAAUCUUGUCCAGAUACUCCUCCACCGCCAUAUCGGGAUGUUAUAUUAAGACCUACUCUUUAUCGCUAUCCAUCAGUAGUUUCAAAUUUAAAUAAUAAUGAUACCAGAUGUAGAGAAAGAUAUACAUAAUUUCACGAAAUAACUCAUAACUUAUGAGUACAAAAUAUUACAAUAUAAUUUAUUAAGGGAUAAAGUUCUAA